AUGGUCAGUAUACCUGGUUGGAGACGCUGCGAAAUAUGGUUGCAAAGCGAUGUAAAUGGUGUCAAUGAUGAUGUUGAUGCUGAUCAUGCGCGCUACCCUGUGAAACGAGGAUUCAGGAGCAAACUAAGCUUGCCGAAAAUACUGCCCGAUCGAUUUCCCCAGGUCUUUGUUUACGCAUCUCCGGUGAUCAGAAAGCCACCGCAACCGGCUUUGACACAGUUGGUACCGAUUAAAACCAUCGAGCUGAAGAUUCUCUACUUGGAUAGAUGCCCUCGCUUCGAUGCGGUUCGGUUGGCAACAUCUGUAAGCAUAGCUCAUGAAGUCACCCAUCGUCGCAGCCUCUACAUCGUAUUAGCUUGCGACCCAACAGAGUGUAGUCCAGAUACGAAUAAACACAGCUUUUACGACGCCUCGACGCAGUGUUCCGACAGACGAAGAACUCACAUAUCGUUGUUCAAUCUGGUGGACAUCCUGGACUAUAAUCGAAAUGCAUGGACAACGGCGAAAGCCUGCUCCACUUGCGUGUUGACCGAAACAGCCAAAUUCGCUUGGUUACAUGCAGCUCCCGCAUACAACCCAAACUCCAACACAGAUAGACCACAUCGUUAUUAG